UGGUCGGAGUGGCGUUCGCGACUGAACAGCGGCGGAAAGAGCGAGAGAAAGAGGGAGCGGGCGGCGAUGCGUUGGCCUGACCGCGGAGAGAGAGGAGAGCUCGCUUCGAAUAGUGAACGGCCAUAUUGGCUGAGCGCAGUGUUUGUUUUGCGGUGGCAGCGCGCGUUAGUUGCGCGUACUCUCGAUCAUAGUCCGUCCGGAUCGUUAUCAGCGGGGUACGCCCGUGAACGUCGCCCUUGCCGGCAAUCCUGUCGCGUGGCUCGCACGCGUGUCGCACGCCGUCAUCGUACGUUCUCUCGCUCAGGCGCCGCUCCCCCGUGUUUCCCCCCUGACUCGGAACCAUCGUCUCCAUCGCUCUCUCCUACGACCGUCGGUCCUUCUCUUUCCACCCCCGCGCCCCGUCCGCCCCCGGGCCACGGCCCGUGCGACUGACUGUCGAGUAUCAGUCGUACACGGGACACGGUGGGCUUAAGAGUGCCACACCACUAACGCCACCAACGCCAUGGCGUGCGCUACACUCAAGAGGUCCUUGGAGUUCGACCCGGUGCACAGCCACGGCCGGCCGAGCAAGCGACGAAGAUGCGUGCCGAUGUGCGCGGUAUCGCCCGGCGGCUCCGCCGUCGUCGCCUCGUCGUCGUCCCGUGGUGGUUCGCUGCCGCAGGACUCUGCGUUCGGUGAGAUAGCCAACAAAUUGACGCCUGAAAAGAUGGCUGCCAACAUCAGAGAAGAAAUCCGCAGAAUGCAACGGCGUAAGCAGUUGCAAUAUCACUCACAGACAAGCAGCGGUGAUUCAUCUGACACAGAGGCUCCUUCAGCUGCCUCUUCUACAACUCCUUUUAGUCAUAAUUCUAGUGGCAAGGAAAAAUUUGAAAAACCCCUCUUCACAUUUAGACAGGUUGGCUUGAUCUGUGAACGAAUGCUCAAAGAGCAAGAAACGCAAAUUCGAGAAGAAUACGAUAAGAUCUUACAUCUAAAGCUUUCCGAGCAGUACGACGCGUUUGUUAAAUUCACAUACGAUCAAAUACAAAAGAAAUUCGAGUCUGCAGCUGCACCGAGUUAUCUAUCAUAAGAAAGGAUUCUUAUUUAUAAGAAGAUACUUCUGUGAGGAAUAUUAGAUUUAUACUGUGUGAAACAAAUUUCGCUUGACGUUUGCUGCCAGAGUUUGCAGCACAGCCUCGUUUCGGAAAUCACCUCUAAAAAUGAUAAAAAUUGUUUCAGCCAAGUGUCCUGUAAAAAGAAAUGAAAAAGAACUAAAAAUGGCGACUAGCGACGUAAGUUCGUAGAGAAGAGAGAGAAAGAGAGAGAAAAAGUUUGUUUGCGUGUGCUCUGUAUGUGUGUGUUGUAUGAGUGUACGAUUUGCGUGUGUCGCGGCGAACUGCAAACAUAACUACGAGAAUCUACCUAAUGUAUACCUUCGAGACUAACACAACUAUUUGUACUGUUCGACAUUAGAAGUGCGCUGGUAUCAGGGAACUGUACUAGGAAUUCUACUUAUGUACAAAUAUUAUUAUUUCGGUUGAAAAGUAUGACACGUGUAUACAGUGCAAGACUAUAGUACGAGAGAAGACAAUGUUGGCGUGAAAAAUGUGGGUGCACAUUAACGUUGCACAUUCAAAAUCUUAAUUCGUCAAUCGCGAAACACAUUUCGUGCACACUUGGUGCUUCACGAAGGUCCGAGAUCCUUCGGUGAAAGCGGAGAGUGCAAGAGAGAUAUAUAUCUUCCCAACUUGUGUCACGAACGUCUGUAUUUUUCUCUUAGCUCGCUUUUCGGGACAGUCGUGAAAACGAAGUUCGAGACACCUCGUGCAUAUUUCGAUGAUUGGGGCAUUGUGUGUUUCGGACGCUAAUUAAAGUAGCUGCUUCGGUUGCUGCGACAAUUUAGAUAUAUUGCUCAAAUAUGCACGGCAACAACCAGUGCUUUCAACAUAUGGAGCGCGCGUGACACAGCAUGUGACGCACUCGUGACGAUAUUUCGAGCAAGAGAAGAUAAACGUACGUGCACGAUUGAGAAGAGAGAGAUUGCCUUUCUCGAAGUCUAACUGGCUCGACGAAGAGCGAGACAAACAUGUUUAAGAUUCGAUUUAAGAUUAUACAAAAUUAGCUGAUCGGAUCGCUCUUGUUUUAUGGAUUAUUUGUAAGAUGUAAUACGAAAGUUAUGAUACAUAUUUAGCGUAACAUGUAGCGUAACUUGUUAAUAAACGGCCGAUGAAUUCGUUUCGACUGGGUUUGCGUGGCAACGAAUUCAUUUCGAGUUGUGUCGAAGAAAUUUUUUUGUUUUAGCAAUAAUCGCGAUAUAUACCUUCAUGAAUCCACGCAAAUGUACGAUUAAUUGUAAAAUUGCUAUUUGUCACCAUUUACAAGUGAUUUUCUGUUUUGCAAAUCGCUGGAAAUUCUUUGUAAUGGAAAAGAAAAAAAAAGGAUCUCAUUUAAGGUAUAAACGCGUCGAACGAGCCGUAUAAAAGCGUCGAGAUAAUAAGUAGGCUAUAGUAGGCAUUGUAUGAAAGCAUUGUGAAACGCAUAAGUAUUUGGAAUAAAGAUUUCAUAAAAUCUCGUCAGCAUUUCUGUUCCCUGGUAGCAACGAAUUUCUUUGUAGCGUAAUGAAAAAAAAAACGUUGAAUAACGAAUACAACUAUAAUUUGUACUGUUUAACUGUGCCUGUUACUAGAUACGUUUAUCACGAUUACUGUUAUCAUUUACUCUGUUAUUGUCGUCGCAAAAAUCUCUUUUUUUUUCCUAGUUCGUAAUGUAUUCUAUGUUGUAAUGCGUCAUCCGUGCGAUACAUGUUCUUUUUCCUUUUCGUUUUCUUUUUUUACUUGAAGAAGAUGCGAUUCGCGACAGUGCGACUGAGAGUGAGAUUAUGAUCUUGAUGACUUGUACAUUUUCACAUUCUAGCGUUAGGAUAUUUGUUUUGCCGAAAAUACAAAAGAAAGAAGCGCCAAGAGUUCCGCUGAGAGUUCUUGUUAGCUUUCAAGCCCGAAGUGAUCUGCGAUCGACUAUGCCGAUCGUCAUGAUCGAACAAACGAUGUAUGUAUUCUCGUACGAAUUCGAGGGGCAUUCGAAGUACUAUAUACUGCCUUUUUCAUAUUACGCAAAAGAAGGAGGAAAAGUCUCAGUUACCAUAAUAUUUUUGCGAGCAUCGUACCGAUGGUGUUCACACGUACAUACGUAUAAUACACAGCAAUAUAAAUAGAAAAAAAAGAUAUAUAUAUAUAUGUAUACACAUGUUACAUCGAGUGUCUGUCGACUAAAUGAAUGUGAAAACGGAACAAGAAAUACAAAGAAAUAUAAGCAGGUUCGAUUGUUGACGCUGAGAGAGAGUAAUACUUAAAGCUCGAUAAAUGUUUUAUUAUUGACGAGUGAUUAUAUAAAAUACCUAAAAGCGACCGCUUGAAAAUUCAGGGGAUUUUAUUUCGACUAAUAAAUACCUCCGUAUUUUACAUUGUAUAAACACCUACUAUCGAAAUAAAGAUAAGCUUAAGACUGAA